CCGGCCCCCGCCGCCAAGGCCGCCGCCAAGAAGCCCAAGAAGGCAGCGAGCGGCUCAAAAGCCCGCAAGCCGGCGGGCCCCAGCGUCACCGAGCUGAUCACCAAGGCCGUGUCCGCCUCCAAGGAGCGCAAGGGGCUCUCGCUCGCCGCGCUCAAGAAGGCGCUGGCCGCCGGCGGCUACGACGUGGAGAAGAACAACAGCCGUAUCAAGCUGGGGCUCAAGAGCCUGGUCAGCAAGGGCACCCUGGUGCAGACCAAGGGCACCGGCGCCUCCGGCUCCUUCCGUCUCAGCAAAAAGCCCGGCGAGGUGAAGGAAAAAGCCCCCAAGAAGCGGGCAGCCGCCGCCAAGCCCAAGAAGACGGCGGCCAAGAAGCCCGCCGGCGCCGCCAAGAAGCCCAAGAAAGCGGUGACAGCGAAGAAGAGCCCCAAGAAAGCGAAGAAGCCGGCGGUCGCCGCGGCCAAGAAAGCGGCCAAGAGCCCCAAGAAGGCGACCAAGGCUGCCAAGCCCAAAAAAGCGGCGGCAGCGGCGAAGAGCCCGGCCAAGGCGAAGGCGGUGAAGCCCAAAGCAGCCAAGCCCAAGGCGGCCAAGCCCAAAGCGGCUAAGGCGAAGAAGGCGGCGCCCAAGAAGAAGUAAGCCCCCGUGGAAGAAACCUCUUGCUCCGCAUUUAAACCCAACGGCUCUUUUAAGAGCCACCCAAAUUAUCUCAAAAAGGGCUGAAAUAAGGGAGUUUAUAUAUAUAUAUCGGGAGUACAGAGCGGACAUAGCUUAACAGUUUUCGAGUCUGUGUCAUAGGGCAGCUGGUGAAGUGUGCGCCGUGAGUGGGAGGAACUUCCCCGCAUUAGGAGCAGCUCUCGGUGCUGCUCUAAUCGUUAUCGCUGCAAUGCUGGGGAGAUCGUUCGCUCCUUUGAGAACGGACAUUGCCUCAAGGCAGCGUAAGUACUUAGAGACUUGAUAAUUUACUCCAUUGUUUUUAAACAGUUUUG